GAAAAUGUCUUCUGGAAUACUUACAAAUUUAUCCACUUUAAACAUGUUCAUUAACUGAAAUAACAACAUACAUGUGAAUCUGUUUGUGCCAAGGGGAGUACGUGGUGACUUACUAGAAAAUGUGAUAAUAAUUGGACGUGAACUUAAAGAACAGAAGUGCGUAAUAUCGAGUGGAAGAUUCGCGAACAUGUAGCAUCCAGAUAUCGUACAGAACAUCAAACACUUCAUGUACGCAGCAACAGGUCUAUUAAAUUUGCGUUCUCAUUUAACGUUGCGAUGUAAGUGAUAAUAGUUUUGAUGUGUAAGUAGAUGAUUUGAAUUCGCGAGUGUUCAAAGGGUGUUAUAUCGAUCUGUUAUGCGGAAAGCGGCUCAGAUGCUGGGGCCUGGCACGUGUCUGUGUCCCUCUGUUCUUGUAGAAUCCUUCAGUUGUCCUUUAUUUUCUACCACUAUUGAUUUCUAAUGGGAUGAGGAAGCCGCCCCUAUGUUGAAGAUUCCCGCACGUUUUAAACAAUGUGACCUCAGUGUUUCCCUUGCGUUUGAUUAUUGUGACUGCAUUGUCAACAUGGGUACCCGUUCUGCUGCAUUUACAGUCAAAAUUCGCAGCCUCUACGACUACCACCUUCGUCUUAUGCACGGAAUUAUGCCACCCCCAUCGGGGGUGGAUAUAGCCAACACUAUCAAAUACUUCUCGCAAACUCUUCUUACUGUUCUUAGAGACGUUCCUAACUCUCCUCUUGAACUCCUGAAGAAUCCGAAGAUGGAUUCCGUACGUAUGGGACUCUACCCAAGUUUAGAUUACAAAGGUCUAUACAACUCUUUGAUUCCUUUAAUUGAAGUCGCUCCACUUAUGCAGUAUGGUCUCCAUGCUUUUGGAGAAGCUGUUCUACAAUGUCUUGGGUGCCUUCUGCCAUUUUUGGAGCAUGAUUUCAUCGACAACCUACCUUACCUCACGGCUUCCACUAUAGCAGUUUUACCCAGCAGUCUUCACCAAGACAUAGUUAAUUCAUUAUGUUUCUACAUCUUACCUUUUACCAUAACUCGAAAUAGUGAUAGAGAACACGAAGUUUCCCAAUCUGUUUCUGCUGUAAUUAUGAUGAUAUUUCAGUACUCUUCUAAUCCAGCUCAUCAUUGCCAACUACUUGAAUGUUUAAUGACUCUAAAGCAAUCUAUUCUUAAGGAUAUUUUAAGCGUUAUUGCAUAUGGAACAAGUACUGCAAGAUCAUCCGCCGCAAAAUUAUUAUUUUAUUACUGGCCCGCUUUUAAUGCAAACCUUUUCGAUCGCAAGGGACUUAUUUGUAAAUUGGGAGGUGACUCUGCACCUUUUGUUUGUCAACGGGAGAUGUGUCCAAACGCGGGAAACGCUGAGGCCGCAAAAGUAUGCUACAAUCACUGCAUUUCAAUAACAUUUGCAAGUGACAAACCGCCACCAUUGUACUUAUGUAUAGAAUGUGCAAACGAAAUUCACAGGGAACAUCCGAAUCAAUCGUUCUUCGAUAUUUUACAUCCUAUGCAGCAGGUUUCUAUGGUGUGCGAAAAUAAGAAUUGUCGAUCGACGGACAGAUCGGCAGUUUCAAUGUGUUUUUCAUCAGAAUGCGCUAGUUACAAUGGAAACCGCCCCAUACGUUAUUGUCUGCAAUGCCACAACAACAGGCACAAUAACAAAAGAGGGGGCGACCACAUAGUUCAUAAAAGUAUACCUCCUACAUGGAGCAUGGAUAAACAGAUGCAAACUUAUAUGAUUGAGGCAAUAAUAAGUCUACUAAAAGAAUCAAAAAUACCAACACACGAAACGAAGGAAAAUUCCGAAGUAAAAACUAUUGUACCAGCAGUUGAUAACAUUUCGAUAGAGGAACGCCAACUUUUGGGCCGAUAUGGAGUAUGGCUCCUAGUGGGAAGAUGCACGCCAACCGAAAGUACACCGAUUGAUGUUAUGGGGAGAAUAUUGGCAAUGUUAUUUCAUUGGUUCCAUAUAACGGCAUAUACAUACGAUGGUCAAGAAGAAAGUACAUUAGAAAAAUUAAAAACCGAAAACGUGUGCGGCUGGUUAAAGGAUUUAAGCAAAUCUCAUUAUAAGCUGUUUAUAUCGUGCCUUUUACCACAUCCGCCAGAGUAUGCUAGGGUUGGAGGACAUUGGGACACCUUAGCAUCACGCACAUCGCACUUAAAAGAUGGUCUAAAUCGUCUAUUCUGCCUGAUACCAUACGAAGUAAUUACUCAAGAAAUAUGGGACUACAUUAUGCCCCAUUGGAUGGAAGCCAUCGUAAAUGAUGUCCCAGAGAAAGAGCUGGCCGAAUUAAAAAUUAUUUUAAGCAAGAUUUUAGAUGUAGAUAUGAGCCCGUUGGGUUUCAAUGCCUACGAAAUGUACCAUUUUCUCGCCGUUCGAUUUGAAAAAACCACUGCUAAAGUUCAAGAACAAGCCUUGCAUUGGCUUCAAACACUGACCAUGUUGGAGUUAAUUAUUCCUUUACAUUUGUUGUUUUCAAUUUUUGGAAAUGGAGUUAAUGUUAUGAAAAACGGCGUGCAAUUGACCGAAGAUGAUAAACCCGUAAAAUUUCAUAAGUCGGAAACAACUGAUGAUCCAAGAUGUAGUUCAAUAUCGCCUGUAGUGGAGGAUUGUGAUUCGGGAAAUACAUCCCUCUCGGAUGACGAAGGCCGAUUAUCCCAACAUACUGAGUUUGAAAGUGAUGCGGAGCAUAAUUUGUUUUGUUGUAUAAUUAUGCUGGACAUUUUAUUGAAACAAAUGGAAUUGCAAGGAAUAGAAAAGCAUACCGGUUUAAACUACAACCUUUGCAAGGACGUUUGUAAAUUGUUGAAAUGUAUGGUUACAACAACGUGGAUUGGAAGUCACGUUUGUACUACUAAAUCCGAGUGUGGUUACUGUGAAUCUAGUAUUAUGUGGCACCAGCUCUGCUUGCAGUUAGUCAUAUACUUAUCGCCACAAUAUCCAGCGUAUCCACCGGAUCCCCCAUUGGAAGAUAAUGGUGAAGAUCGCAAUAGUAGAAAAAGCCCUCCAGAAAAUGAUAAAAAGGAGACAAAGUCUGAAAUGACAAUGAGCAUUCCACUACCGGAAGUACAUUCGGUUGGAGGAGUUCUAGUACAUAUGCCACACGUGUGUUCUAUCAUGACCGCCACAGUUGAAACUGUAUCGGAGCAACUAGAUUUAACUGCGAUUAUUCCAACGGAAAAAGUUGUAUCUGCAGUUGCCAGAGCAAUUACACUUUCCGACACGGAUGCCUUACCAAAUACUCCAGAUGUAGCUAAAAACCAAACUCAAAAUGAUAUGGAACAGACCGUUGAGGUUGGACCUGAUGACAAUCUAGAGAAUUUCUGGCAAACAUCAUUGGGAAAGUUUAAGUUUGUGGUUACUGAUUUACCAGAGCAAUUACAAUUUAUCUACGAAUUAUUAAUGGAAAUUCCAAAAGUACAAAAACCAGAUAUCCUAUACUACAUGCUGCAAUGUCUGAAAAUUUUGUGCUUACAUGGCGAUACUUGCACGAAGGCUUCGAAGGAACAGAGAGGCUUCUUUAUUUGGUGCCAAGAAAAUUUGCUUAUAAAGAACUUAUGGAAUUUGUGCAAUUCCGAGCACUCCCACAUUUGUCAAGAGGCCGUUCCGCUUCUUUUGCACUGUAUAACAUUACCCGCCGGUUCUGAUGUUUUUUGGAGGGUUGUUCAAGAGGAAUUCCACAAUACUGACUGGAAAAUUCGUUUUACAGCGGUCGACCGUGUGACAAUCAUAGCAUGUUUUAUGGAUUCGACACCUCUUCGGAACGUACCAGCGUUGCAAGCAGCUUUAACAAAUGCAUUUUGCUAUUUGAUAUCCAGCAUGGAUGACUCCAACGUAUAUGUAGCACAAAGAGCCGCGCUUUAUUUAGGGACCAUACAUGAUGGUGCAAUUAAGAGUCUUUUGAUGUGUUUGGAAACACAGUUCGACAGUGUGAUCGUUGAUCGUCCUAUGGUUCUCCAAUCAUUAUAUCAGUUACACAACUCUUUAUGUGAAAGAAGGAUACUUAACUGGGAGUUUUUCCUUAACAGAUUUGAUACUCUUUUCCUGGAAGCACAAAUAAACCUGGAAAAAACUGGUGAUAUUUCUUACCUGAGAGAUUUGCGCAAUUCUGACAUGAAUAGUGAAUUUUUUAUAAGAAAGCUGCACAGAGCUCAGGAAGCACUAUCACAAUCUGAGGGUAGCGGCGCAAGUUCUAAUAAGACACUUAGCGCAAGCUUCGGUACAAAGUGGCCUUACAAAAGAACAAUGUCCGCACCAGCUUCCAUUGUUCCAAGACACGAAAUAAAAGAAUCAAAAGAAAAAAUUUACAGUCGGCAAUACUCCGCCCCAAUUCUUAAACGGAAAAGUUCGCGAUUUGGACUCGGUCAGUUUCUAGGCACUAGUAACAGCAUCCCAGAUGGACAUGUUCAUUCGUUUAAUGUGGUCGACGAUCAAAAUUUAAUUGGAUUCUUACACCGAGUUAUAGAUUUUGAAGAGGCAGAUAAAGAGACUAUGCAUUUGCUUAUCUUUUUACUGAUGCAAUUUUUAUCACGAUCUGAUCAAGCGUACCCAUCAGACGAAAAAGGAAUUGCAAAAUCUCAAGCUAUAGUAUUAAGGCAUUUAUUCUUACUACUGGGCUGUCGACAAAACGAACGAGGCAUCUACGUACCUCCGCAAAGACUAAGAACUUCGCCUGCAUUUAGUGCUUACUUGUCAAAUCUACCUCAACUUUUAGACCAAAAUCAUGUCAUGGGCCGACUAUUGCUUUCCAAUUCAUUAAUAGUUCUACAAUACGCCCCAUCUCCUCAUUAUUUGGCCAAUAAUAUUGAUUACCAGCAACCGACUUACAGUUUAUGGGCGUUAGAACCGCACUGUCGAAGAAAUUGGCUAAUGUCAUUGGUAGUUUUGUUGUAUAAGUAUCAAUAUAGCCAGCAGCCACAUUGUGUACAACUGAAUGCGUUAAUUCGAAUAGUAUUAAAUACUUUAGACUCUCAGUACCACCACUGUCGACGAAUUCCUGCCACCGUCAUAAUGGGAGCUCCACCGUCACGAUCAAGAGAUGUAAGUCAACCGUCGUUAGGUAUUGACAAUGAGCAUGAGCGAUUAAUGACGCCCCCACUUUCUCCAAUGUAUUCCCUUGAUGGGCAAUCGGGACACAUAUCCUUGAACUCAAAAGGGGGAAAAAUGCAAGUUAUUUACGCGAAACCAUCCUCAACCACAAGUAUGGAAACCCAUUGGGAGGAAAUUAUACAACAACCUGAAAAAAAGACUCGAAGGUCUGGCGAUUAUGACGUCGAUGAUUCGGAAUCAGAACUCCUUGCGAUUCCAGAAAGUGAUGUUUCAGACAGCACAUUACAGGGCAGCGGUCAGGAUUCAUUUGAAGAAACUCCCGAUGAGACUAUAUACACUUUGCAAAAACUUACAAAACUGAACGUUACAACUAAGGUUCAAGAUAAUUACGAAUUUAACGGACAUACCAUCAAAGGCUCUUCUGACAAACGACCAACUUGGUUUAUCGGAAGCGAAGACGAUUCACUGAAGCAUCCCGACGGUAAACACUGGGAUUUAGACGAAAAGUCAUUAAUGUUGCAUCAAAAAUGGUUUUCGUCCGAUAACUCAAAAAAUUGUUCUAAAAUUACAUCAUUAGGGACUAGUAGCUUACAAAGUACAUUAGCUGUCGUUACUGGCGUUCCAAACCUUCAAAUGAGUAUGGCGAAAACUGUUACAACUGAUUCUCAUAAGCAAGUCACAUCAACGUCGAUUGAAACGCAGCAUAUUAGUAAACCAACAACAACAACAAAAUACCAGAAAACCAUGGACAGUGCAAUAUCAGACUGUGACGACUGUUACAAAAAUGCAAUUUUACCAGCACCGUCGUUAGAAAGAUUAUUACCUAUUGGAGCAAAUAGAUCGCCAGUUAUAAAAAGUUCACCACAAGUUAUUUAUGAGGAUAUAAAUUCUAGAUCACCAGAUUCUCCACUUUCAAAAAUGGAUUUAAUUAUAUUGGAAUCGCCGAGGGAUUCUGUUUUCUCACCAAGCAUAGAAUCGCAAUUGGAAAUUCCACGGCAAGAACGCUUAUUGCCCAUCGGGCAGCAUAAUAGAGAAAUUUCGCAGUUAAUUGAUAAAGUACAGCAGGCGCUAGGAAUUAGUGCGACAUCAACAAAAAUAGAUAACAGAAAAAGUUACGAAUUUAAUAUACAGAAAGAUUCGGAACAAGAAAAGCCUACUCAAACUCACAGUCCUAGGAGAUUAAUUAAACAAGUUGCUUUAGAAAGUCCUCCUAACCAAAACGGUCAAGAUACGUAUUAUAAAGACGCAAAUUUAGAUAACAAAAGGGAAUUUAUGAAUCAAAAACAGAAGACCAGAAAAGCCGAGACCUUUACGGUGGGAAUUCAUUCUCUAGGGGACCCUAGAAAGCUUGGAUCUUGGUUCAGUCCUCAGAUGUCACCUAGGUUGGAAAGAUGUGAUUACAAACCGAAUUCGUUUCGAUCUGGGGAUGAAUGUAUCACUGAAAGAUGUUCUGAAUGUGGAAUGGUUAAAGAAGAGUACAGCGAUGAAGAGAUUGGACUAUGCAUAGUAACAUUAGGAACAUUCAUCCACAGAGAACCAUCGCUUGCAGCGCCAAUGUUGCCUGAAAUAUUAAACAUUGUGGCAAAAGUAACUACAAAUGCUAUGUACCCAUGGCAAAAUGAAAGUAAUAUACACUUGCCAGGAGGAGCCGUCAGUGUUGCCCAUCAAUUUUUACGUUGUGUUUUGCAUCAACUUGCGCCAAAUGGAAUUUUUACUCAAAUGUUUCAAACACAAGGGAACGAAACUGCUCGGAUACAAUUUUUCAAAAGCUUAACGCAGGCUUUAACAGAUUUCAAUGAACUAAACCCAAUAGCACCGUUACAAUUUUUGUUAGAGGCACUUAAUUCCAAAAAAGUUCUUCCAGUAGACACCUUGCCGAUCAUUUUAGAAAACAUCGCAUGUUAUUUCGAUUGCUUGCCAUUAGAAGCAAGUUUAAGCUCAACCGUCACGCUGUGGAGUUCAGUACUGAUGCAACUUGAAAAUUUGUAUAGGCGAAUUUUAUUUUUUCUAAGUAACUUGGAGGACAUAAAACCGCUUUUGAAGAUUAUGGUGUCUGUUUUAAAACUACCAUCGAUAGCCCAGUUUAAGGGCCUCCUUGAACCAUUUUCCAAGGUUCUAAGCUGCGCCAUUGAGUUGCACAUUAUACAAUAUAAUUAUUUGGUCGACUUGUGCUACCUCUGCAACAGAAUUUUCACCAAGGAACGCGAUAAAUUGAUACUUAGUCGCAUGGUUGUUUAUGAAUUAGUACAAGCUCUAAAAUUUAAAGUUUCAAUUCCAGAUUCUAAUCUACUAAUAUUAAUCAACUUGAUUCUACAGGAUGCAGGUGGAUCCAUACCAAUUAACGUAGUCCUUCAAAAUUCCUUGCCGCUUUAUCACGAAACUGGGCCUGUAUUCAAUACGAAUAUUGGAGAGUGUAUGCGGAUUCAUUUGGGAGAUGUCGUAGAGUUUUUAACGGAUUUCCAUACAUUAGCAAAAAUGAAGAGUUACUGCAAGGGUAUCAAUGUUGGUUUAAAUGAAGAUACAUUAGGAGGUAUUAUAAAAGGCGCAAUUGCUCAAUAUUUGGCGUUAGAAAUUACGAAAGGUAAUGGAAGAGACAACCGAGCCGUAACCAAGUACUUUCCCUGGUUGUAUAAUGCGUCGUCCACCCAGCAAACGUCUCGCGAAUUUAUCGAAUGUAUUGGUCACAUCCGUCUGCUAUCUUGGUUACUGUUAGGUUCUUUAACACAUAGCUCUUUGCAUGGGAUAGGUGCUAGUCAACACUUAUGCCAACCGAUACCCCAAGAAGCUUCGUGUCAGAUUGCUGAUCACAUACAAGUCAUAAUGGCCGGGUUUGCAGAACAACCCAAAGCCUCGGUGCUUCAUAUGUCCUCAUUGUUUCAUGUUUUUAUUUUAUGCCAAUUAUGGACGGUAUACUUAGAACAAGGAUUAAAUAACCUUUUGCCGAUUAGCGAAACCUACAACAUUAUAAUGAACAUUCUAUUCGAUUUUUGGGGAAAAGUCACGCCAUACAUUUUGCAACUGGUGCAACAAUCAAAAAUGCUCAGUGAAAUUGUAAGUCUGCAUUUCUUAAGUAUGUUAGAGGCAUUACUAGAAUGUCAUUCAACUUUAGUUGGGAAAUUACUACCAUUAUGGACACCAGUUCUUAGCUCAAACCAUUUACAAUUGCCUGGACAUUUACAAGUUCGCCUACAAAAUUGCAGAAAUUUUCCACCAAACGCAUAUUUUGAAGUGCUGCCAAGUAAAUCAAAAUUUCAUUUAAACAAUCCGAUACUAUUGAGAUGGCUGCAAAGGUUACAAUUCAAAAUGGGACAAAUAGAACUUCAAUCCUCAACAGCAACACAAUUCUACUCAUUGUAGCACGUACUGAUUUUUUGUUUAUUUACGUAGUGAAAAGUAAAUUUAUUUUCCAAAAA